GACUGUUUUUAAUCAAAUAUUACCAUUAGUUUCAUAACCAUAAAUUUUCACGGAAUGGGCCGUGCUUACCGUUAAAUAUAAAUAAAUAAAGUUAUAAUAUUAUAAAGUUUGACGAUUUUUUCAAAAACUCUUUUUUUGAUGUUCUGUUUCUAAUUUAUUACCUUCUAAUCACAAAAUUUUGCAUUAGCGUAGCACAUAAGACAAAUCAAUCGUCUGAAAAUCGUCAAUUUGGAAACAGCUCAUCAUGCCAGACUCUGGGCCACCGGAUCUGAACACUUAUCAACAAAAGAAGACUUUGGCAGAAGGCAUGAUGGAUCUUGCACUAUUUUCGGCCAACGCAAAUCAAUUGAGAUACAUAAUUGAUCAAGAAUCUAAGACCUCUCACAAGUAUUAUAUUGUGUCAUUGACUAGCAUUAUUUCAAGUCUUGUAUUGCAGAUUAUAGUAGCCAUAGGACUGAUCUGGAACAGCAGUUAUGACGUUAAAAAAGAAGACCAAGUUUCAAGAGCAAACAAAGUAAAUAAUUGGACACUGAUGGGAGUUUUCUUGAUUACUAUUAUAAAUAUGUUCAUUUCGGCAUUUGGAAUUCCUACAUAAAUCAAGCUCAACAGAAAUUCAACGAAAUACCGUUUUCUAUAAAAGAACGAGACAGUAAGGAAUGGGAAGAAAUUUAAUGAGAAGAUAGCAAGUAAAACUCAAUUCUAUAAUUGGGAAAAAUUGAAGAAUUCGUUGAUGAAUAACAGAAGUGUUAAAUUUCAAAUCAUUAUGAGUAAGUUGAAAUAACCUAUCCGCUAUCCCAAGAAGAAUUUAACAUCUGAAUAAAAUCAUCAAUCAAAAUGUACUUUCAAUUUGUAAUUCAUUAAAGACAUUUCAAUUGAAUACACUUUCAAUUUUCAUCGGUGAAAUAAAAUCAAUUAGAACGUUCACUUGAGAAGAUAG